GAUACAAAAAGUAUGGUAGAAGUGGGUGCUGUUUCACAAGAAAACGCAGAUAAUUUUAACAGAGAAGAAAACGAAGUUAAGGUUGAGCAAAUGGUAAUAAGUAAAGAGGAUGUGAAUGAUGAUAAUGAUGAUGAUGAUGAAAACAAUGGUAAUAACGAUGAUGACGAUGCUAAUGGUGAUGAUGGACUAACAAAUUAUAAGAACAAGUAUAAAGAUUUAAAACGCAAAAUGAAAUGCUUGUUAUAUGAACAAGAAUGUUUCUAUGAAGAACUGAGAAAAGUACAAAGGAAAUGUUUGCGAGUGAACAAAGACAAAAGCUUUUUGCUUGAUCGCCUGCUGCAAUAUGAAGAACCAGAAGACUCUUCAACAGAUGAAGAAAUGACUUCGUCAUCUGAGGAAGAAGAUCUCUCCGAGAAACAAGUUGAAGCACCCAGCAACAGUAGUAAAAAAAGCGCAUCUAAAAUUUUAAAAAAGUCGUCACCAAAAACUGCUGGAACCAAGUCAAAAAGUGGUACUUCCGGAGCAGAUAAAGUGCGAUGCCGAAAGAUGGACAAUGGCAAACAAUGUUCCAAGUUGGUUAGCACCAAGGUGAAGUCAGGAAUAUGUUAUGCACACAGACAACAGUUGAAUACAGAAAAGCAAGAUGCUUCCUCAAAGGUGACACCGUCUUCAAAUACUUCACCGAAAAAGGCUCCUCACGUUAAAAGGAAUCCUCCGUCUAAACAACCUGGAGGAAAAGAUAUUGGUCAAAUAAGGGAAGCAAUGGAAGCGGGCUCUCAUCUGUCUUCAUCACCCAGUCCUGGCAUAGGAGGCGAAGACGAAGACGGCGACCUAAUUAUUGACGUUCCUCAGUAAAGGAAAGUUGACAUUCUAAAUAAUUGAUAACGUUACAAACAGUGGCUAACCUACCAUUAUGAUCAAGCCAAGAAACUUCUUUAAAUGACUAAAAGCAAUCGGGUGAAACUGUAUAUAUUGAUGUUUAAUAUUUCACGUAAAACUUUAUGUUAACAGAGACUUAAGAAAUAGAGAAUUGAUGUUUUAAAAAAGUACGUUUUUGCGA